AGUUGGACUACCACAGUACAGUUGUAGACGUUUGAAAUGGAUCAUGAGUUUAACUGGUGCUGGAACUGAAGAGAAAAUCAACAAUAACCACCUGAAUGGAAGGUUUUCAGGAGCUCACCAUUUGGCAAAAAGCCCAGUUUUAUUACCAGCGAAUGCUUGAAACUGGAGAUAAGAGGAUAGAAAACUGGCUGCUGGUCUACUCCCCGGCACCCGUCACCUUUAUAAUUAUGUGCUACCUGGUCAUUGUUUGGGUCGGGCCAAAGCUGAUGGCAAAAAAGGAGCCCUUCAACCUCAAACUUGUCUUGAUACUUUACAAUUUUGCGAUGGUCUGCCUGUCUGCAUACAUGUUCUACGAGUUUACGGCAGCUUCCUGGAUGGCGAGUUACAGUCUCCUGUGCCAGCCAGUCGACUACAGUGACGGUCUACUAGCUAUGAGGAUGGCCAGAGUGUGCUGGAUGUUUUACCUCUCCAAAUAUGUGGAGUUCUGUGACACAAUGUUCUUCAUACUGAGGAAAAAGAAUAGUCAGCUGACCUUCCUCCAUGUCUACCAUCACAGCACCAUGAUCUUGAACUGUUGGCUGGGUUUAAAGUACACGCCAGGUGGCCAGUCUUUCAUGAGUGGCCUGGUCAACUCCCUGGUUCAUGUGGCGAUGUAUUUCUAUUAUGGUCUUGCAGCAUUCGGACCACGUAUGACCAAAUAUCUCUGGUGGAAACACUACCUCACCAUCUUACAGCUGCUUCAGUUUUUCCUGGUAACCAUGCACACCGUUUACAAUUUGUUCGCUGACUGUGACUACCCUGACUCCUUGAACUUGUUUGUAUUUAUCUACGCGCUCACCCUCAUCGCACUCUUCAGUCAUUUUUACUACCGAAGCUACCUCUCUUCGAAGACCAAUGACCUAAGGAAAUUUAAGGUGUGAGAAAAAAUGACAACUGUGUUAGAACUGCAUGAAGGAGAGAAUGGGCACGAGUGACAUUAAGUUAGUUUCAUUCGAAAGAGAUCUGCCCGAACCAACAGCUCAUCUCAAGUGUUGUUCUUUCUUUCCUUUAUACAUCUUCCUAAUUGUAAAUCCAAAAUGAACACAAACAUGAUCAGAAAACAGAAAAGUCAAGCCAAUAAAUCUUUGUGCUA